CCUUGAUCGCAACUUAUCCGUCAAUAAACUGUUCAUGCGCCCCAUCAACGAAUAUCUAAAGCAGCACCGCCUCCGCUCCAUCACAACAGCCAAUUGCUACCAUUACAACCUUACCGUCGGCUCUCCGAAACAAUCGGUGAUCUAUACUCAAGAUGGCUGCGCCCGUCAUGACUGUCUCCGAGAGCAAGGAGCUUAGAGGGCUCAACCUCAUCGCGGCUCACUCUCAUAUUCGCGGCCUGGGUGUCGACAGCACAACACUGGAGCCUAGGGCGGCGUCCCAGGGUCUGGUGGGGCAGGAAAAGGCCAGGAAAGCCGCGGCCGUGAUCCUGCAGAUGAUCAAGGAGAGCAAGAUUGCUGGCAGAGCCGUGCUGAUUGCCGGCCCCCCCAGCACCGGCAAGACAGCCAUCGCAAUGGGCAUGGCUCAGUCCCUUGGACCCGACGUCCCCUUCACGUCUCUCGCAUCCUCAGAAAUCUUCUCCCUCGAAAUGUCGAAGACCGAAGCCCUCACACAAGCCUUCCGAAAGUCGAUUGGCGUUCGCAUCAAGGAGGAGAGCGAGAUCAUGGAGGGCGAGGUCGUUGAGAUCCAAAUCGACCGAAGCGUCACCGGCGGCGCCAAGCAGGGAAAACUGACGAUCAAGACGACCGAUAUGGAGGCCGUGUACGACAUGGGCGCCAAGAUGAUUGAUGCCAUGACCAAGGAGCGUGUCAUGGCUGGCGACAUUAUCUCUAUCGACAAGUCAUCGGGCAAGAUCACAAAGCUCGGCCGAUCAUACGCGCGCUCGCGCGACUAUGAUGCCAUGGGCGUCGACACCAAGUUCUUGCAGUGUCCAGAUGGCGAGCUGCAGAAGCGCAAGGAGGUGGUCCACACUGUGACGCUGCACGAGAUUGACGUCAUCAACUCGAGAACACAAGGAUUCUUGGCGCUGUUUUCGGGCGACACUGGUGAGAUCCGCAGUGAGAUUCGUGACCAGAUCAACACCAAAGUGGGGGAGUGGAAGGAGGAGGGCAAGGCUGAGAUCGUCCCCGGCGUCUUGUUCAUUGACGAGGUUCAUAUGCUCGACAUCGAGUGCUUCUCAUACAUCAACCGCGCAUUGGAAGACGACCUGGCACCCGUCGUCAUCAUGGCUAGCAACAGGGGCAACUCCCGCAUCCGCGGAACGGACUACCGCAGCCCUCACGGCCUGCCUCUCGACUUCCUCGAUCGCGUUGUGAUCAUCCACACCAACACAUACAACCAGGACGAGAUCAAGCAGAUCCUCACCAUCCGAGCCCAAGAAGAGGAGGUUGACGUUUCGCCGGACGCUCUGGCGCUACUGACCAAGAUCGGACAGGAGGCAGGCCUGCGCUACGCCAGUAACCUCAUCACGACGUCCCAGCUGGUCUGUGCCAAGCGCAGGGCGAAAACAGUUGAGAUUGCCGACGUCCAGAGGAGCUUCGCACUUUUCUACGACCCGGCCCGCAGCGUCAAGUUCGUCUCAGAGUCGGAGAAGCGCUUGAUCGGCAACGAUGGUGCCGUCGACUUCACCGUCACGAACGGUCAUGGCGACGCGAUGGAGUUGAGUUAGGCGCGGUAGAAUGGUCUUCGUAUUGGGCGUUUUUUUUGGGCAGAAAAUUAAGGUGGCCACCCCUAGGACUGUGUGAUAGAUUAUGUACCAUAAAUGUUUGAAUGGUAAGCAUCGCAACGAUGCCAGGAAUCACAAAGCUCUUUUGAUUCAUUGUUUUGUCAUUACUCCAUAUACAUUUCGGUACCCAUUGACAUCGCCUGAAUUCGA